AUGCGCCUCGGACACAGUUUCGCAAUAGUGAGUGCCGGCAUGUCCGUCUGCUCAGGCGCGUCCGCAUUGAUUCUACCCACACAGCACCUCGCGCCUCUCUGGCUCUCACCACUGGUGGUCCCAGACCCAGAAUGCAACCUCGGCACCAGCACCAGCAGCAACCUCCGCCCCGCCCCGCGCAUCCCCUCCCCUCCCAUCACAGCCCUCCUCUCCCACUGCCGCGAGUACCUAUCCCGCGUGCUCCCCUCCCCCUCCUCCAUCUACACAUACGCACACCAUCUCCACCACCUCCUCAAAUCCCGAUGCGCAUACGCGCUCAGCCGCCUCCCGAUCCCGAACUUCCGCUUCCGCCCACCGUCAAUACCGAUCCCCCCGCUGCCCCGCUGGCUCCUACCCCUCGCGCCCCACCCCCACCCCCAUCCCCUCCCCCUACACGCGAAAUACGCCUCCCCCGCCGACGAACAAAAAUACUGGGCCGCAGCCGCCCGCGGGCAGCGCGCCCUCGCGCCCUCCGAUGCCCGCGCGCGCGACGCCCCGCAGAUCCCGCUCGUGCUCUCCUACGUCCCGCGCCUCCUCCCGCCCUACCGCACCCGCACCCGCACCCGCGCCCACACAGACGCGGAGCGCGCAGAGUACGCGCUCCCGCCCGCCGCGUUCCGCAAAUGGCACCGCAUGGUCUUCCCGGGCAAGAACCACCCGAGCCUCAAGCGCGCCGCGGUGCUCCUGAAGCGCUACAGCAGCCGCGACCGGCGCGAGAUGCACCGCAUCGCGCGCCUGCUCCCCGACGCGGCCGUCUUCGGCGCGUCCUUCCGCUGGACGCCGGUCUACCGCGACAUGUGGACGCGGUGGCUCGAUGCGAAGGGCCCCGAUAUCGCGAUCGUGUUCGAGUGA